UACGGAACAUAUUGCUUGGAUGGAAAAGACCUUUGACCUUGCAGAAGAAGCAUUAAAAUCAGGAGAGGUUCCAGUAGGAUGUAUGCUAGUGUAUGAUGGCAAGGAAAUUGCUGUAGGCAGGAACGAAGUGAAUGAAACCAAAAAUGCCACAAGACAUGCUGAAAUAGUUGCCAUUGAUAAAGUUUUGAAAUUUUCAGAAGAAAAUGAAUUGGAUUCAAAAGCAGUUUUUAGACAGUGUGUACUGUAUGUUACAGUUGAACCCUGUAUUAUGUGUGCUGGAGCACUUAGACAAGUGGAAAUCCCCUUAAUUAUUUAUGGAUGUGCUAACGAUAGAUUUGGUGGAUGUGGAUCCAUUUUGCCUGUUCAUAGUGCUGAGUUACCUUCCCUUGGACCAUCAUUACAGUGCAUAAGUAAUGUGAUGGCUGAACGAGCAAUACAGUUACUCAAAGAUUUUUACAAGGGGGAAAAUCUGAAUGCCCCAGAAAAUAAACGUAAAGUUAAAAACUGUUAAACAAUAAA